GACCUUUUCCAUUUAUUGUUCUUUCUGGCCUCUUUCUGUUUGUUUUAAGAAGCUGAGCCUGGCUCUAUGCUGCUGCACUGGUCCCUGAUUUUAUAAGGGGCUUGAUAACUCCUCUUUCAGAAGCCACAAGAAGGGUGCAUGCCUUUCAGAAGAGAAUCCAACCUGGGCCAACACCUUGUCGGUAGGCAAGGCUGUAGCCAGUUGAUGACUGGUUUAUGGAGGGAGGUCUGCAAACCCUAAUGGGUUUCUGCUGUCACUUUUAUUAUGGAUCGCUCUGUUACUGAUCAGCUGUUAGGCUGCAGAGAAUCUGAACUGGCCUGAGCUCAACUGCUUCUGCCCUGCCUGUUCUCUGUAUAAUUUCCUAUCUUUUAUGAGGCUUCAGUGCUGUCAGAAGAGGUCUGGGGGGAAAAAAAAGGCACAUUUCUAAUCAUUUAUGCUGAUAACUCAAGUAGGUGUGCCUUAGUAGUAGGGCUUGUAAGGGAACAAGCUUCAGUGUGAGGAACACUGAGCCAGCCUCUGGCAGAAGCUGCUCAAGUGCAGAGCUUCCAAUUCUCCAGGAUAAGGCUUUAUUUUUCCUAGAGCUCAAGGAUGCUGCUGGAAUUGUGAAUAGAAACAAACCCUGAGCGUAUUAUUUCUCCUGCUGCUUUUGCAGCCUCUGUUUGUUCAAAGUGAUCCAUUAGAAUCUGAACUGCAGCUGAAGAGGAUUCAGAUGUGACGGGAGCUGGAAACACAAAGCUAGCCUUAAUCCUGCACGUGUUGCUGAGUAGAUGCAGAUUACUGUCUGUCUUCGGUUUUAGAGCAAAGUCAAAGUUUAAAAAGCGGAAGAAGAGUACUGAAAAGAAGUGUUGGUAAAGGAGGAUAACCUGCUUGGGGAGCUGGAAACAUUGCCAAGCUUUGGUGUCUGUUUAUCACCAAACAAAGGAUAGGCAGAAGAAUUGUAUCCUAACGGUAGCAAGAGGGAGGGAAGCCCUUUGGCAGAGUUUUGUGGCUGCUGCUUCAAAAACUGGGGAACAGCAGCAGCAGAGCUGCCCUCACCUGCCAGCCGUGCUGGGGACACUGGCUGGUGUCACAAAGAAAAUACUCGAGAGGAGAGCAGGACGUAGUCCACAGAUAUCCCAUAUCAUUGCCAUGUACAAGAAUUGUUUUCUUCCAUCUGCAUGAGGAGCAAUGGGAGUGUGUUGUAGGACCCCAUCUGCUCGUCAAAAGCAAACGCCUGCCCGUGUACAGAUCAAAAUGCUGUGCCCUUGCUGAUUCCAAGUCUCUGUCUCGGUGUUCCUUUUCCCACUGGCAGCAUGCAAAGAAAUUCCAUGUGUGGCUGGUCUCAGUUUGGUUUUCUCUCACUGGUACUUGCUGAGAAUCUCGCCUCAUCUCUUGCUUCGACCUGUUCUCCAUCUCCCUUUGAGACCUGGGGGGUCUGGUUCCCUGUAGUAACUUCAGGUAGUUCCGAUUCCUUGUGCUCCGUUCUUUACUUCUGUCCUGUUUGACACUUGUAGGCUGUUAAGGCUGACUGGCAUAACCCCUUUGUCCUUCUUGAAUUCAUGCUAGAGAUUCUCCAUUAAAUUGUACCAAGGUUACCUGCAGUAAUCUUCCUUCCUUACGGAAUGACAGUUCAGUAGUUUGCAGUUGGCUUGCUGAAUUUUUUCCCCAGCAGAUGUUCUCUUAGGGUCUCGCUUCUCCCAUCCACAGCUCUUUAUAUUUUCAGUGCGCUAUCAAACAUUUAUUUCUAAAGAUUUCCCCCUGUUCAUUCCUGUUUCUCUGGAAUAUAAGGAUGGAUUCUAUGUACGCAGAAACUUCGGAAGCUUGUUCCAGUGUGUGUGUAUGUGUAUAUUUACAAACAUGAGGGUAUUUUUCGACAGUCUAGAUGAUGAGGAAAGACAUUAGACUGAUUAUUUUUUUCUCUGUCCACCAAGCUGGCACAGUGUGAUGUUUGAUGGCAGCUUCACUGGAUAGUAAACCAUUACUUCAGACUCCAGGGAUUGCACAAGUGAGGAUGGAUCCCAACAGGUUGCUUGCAGUGAUGAUGCUUUGCUGGAGACAGCCACCUGGCUUUUGAGGAGCUGGAUUAAGACUCCCAACUCAACUCAUGCCAGUUGUGAAGGAGAAACAUCACUUGGAUAUGGUCCGUUCCCUGAUCUCUCCCCCUGCUCAGGAGUGGGGACUGACUGGGGUCUGGUGCCCUGGAGGUGCCCACUGCUACGCUGUAGGGCUCUGAAGAUGUCAAAUAGCAACACAACACAGGAGUCUCUGGAAAUAAUGAAGGAGUCUGAAAAAAAAGUGGUCGAGGAAUCUGUGAACAAAACCAAAUGUGUAUCCAGGUCACUGAGCAAGGAGGAGGUGGAGAAGGAUGGGGAGGAGAUCAGCGUGCGUCAGGAAUCUCAGAGACGGACAUCAAGUCACGGACAUGCCAGAAAAAGAGCCAAGUCUAAUUCAAAGCUUAAGCUGGUCAGAAGUUUGGCUGUAUGUGAAGAAUCGUCUAGCCCCUUUGUAGAUGGCCUGCUGGAGUCCCAGGACAUCAUUCAGUUGCACGUUAGCUGCCCCUCUGACAAGGAAGAGGAAAAGUCCACGAAAGAUGGGGCCGAGAAAGAAGAAAAAGACAAGAAUAAAGACAAGGCACCAAGGAAAAUGCUGUCUCGAGAUUCCAGCCAGGAAUAUACAGACUCCACUGGAAUAGAUUUACAUGAAUUUUUAGUAAAUACACUGAAAAAAAACCCGAGGGAUAGAAUGAUGCUGCUAAAGUUAGAACAGGAGAUUCUGGAAUUUAUUAGUGAUAACAACAAUCAGUUUAAGAAGUUCCCUCAGAUGACCUCGUACCACAGGAUGCUGCUGCACCGGGUAGCUGCCUACUUCGGCAUGGACCAUAACGUUGACCAAACCGGGAAGGCGGUCAUUAUCAACAAGACGAGUAACACACGCAUCCCUGAGCAGAGGUUCUCUGAGCACAUCAAAGAUGAGAAGAAUGCAGAGUUCCCGCAGAGGUUUAUCCUAAAACGAGAUGAUACCAGCAUGGACCGAGAUGAUAAUCAGAUCAGACUCCCCUUGCAGGAUGGGAGAAGGAGCAAAUCUAUAGAAGAGCGAGAGGAAGAGUACCAGCGGGUCAGGGAGCGGAUAUUUGCACGAGAGACUGGCCAGAAUGGAUAUCUGACUGACAGCAGGGGCAACCGGGACAGUUUGAACCGGGCCUCAGGCAGCCGCCAGAGCAGCACAGAGAGCGAGAUAAAGUCGCUGGAGCCUCGGCCGUGGAGCAGCACAGACUCAGAUGGUUCCAUCCGCAACCUGCGACCGCCUGUCACCAAAGCCAGCAGCUUCAGUGGUAUCUCCAUCCUGACGCGGGGGGACAGCAUCGGGAGUACCAAAGGCAGCACUGCCAGCAGAACAUCCCGGGCAGGUCUGGUACUAGGUGCCCCUGAAGCAUGCAGCCAACCCCCUUCUUCACAGCCCAGCCGUGGCCUCCUUCCCUGCACAUCCCAGCAGUCUCAACCGCCACCACCCCAACAGCCACCACCGCAGCCCCAAGGACUACCACCAGCACCCCAGCAGCAGCCAGCCAUGAGUAACCACAUGAUAUCGCAGCCGGUCCCAGCGCUGCAGCCUGUUCAGUAUUCUCCAAGCUCCUGCCCCCAAGUCCUCUUGCCAGUCUCUCCACCCCAGCAGUACAACCUGGCUGAUGAACUCAGCAACCCCUUUGGGCAGAUCAGCCUCAGCCGGCAGGGCUCUACAGAAGCACCGGAUCCUUCCUCCGCUAUGUUCCAGUCAUCCCUCAUCUCCCAGCACCCGCAGCAGACUGGGUUCAUCAUGGCGACUCCUGGGCAGCCCAUUCCCACCUCCAACUACUCCGCCUCAGGGCACACGGCCCCCACGCAGCAGGUGCUGCAGCCCCAGGGCUACAUUCAGCCUCCCCAGCAAAUUCAGGUUUCUUACUACCCUCCUGGGCAGUACCCAAACUCCAGCCAGCAAUACCGAUCUCUCAGUCACCCAGUGGCCUACAGCUCCCAGCGCACGCAGCAGCUCCCCCAGCAAACCCAGCAACCUGGUUUACAGCCAAUGAUGUCCAACCAGCAGCAAACGUACCAAGGUGUAAUGGGAGUGCAGCAGGCACAGCCCCCCGGGGGGCUCCUCAACAGCCAGAGGAACAGCAUGGGGGGGCAGAUGCAGAAUAUGAUGGGAGUGCAGCAGGCACAGCCCCCGAGCCUCCUCAGCAGCCAGAGGAACAAUAUGGGGAGCCAGAUGCAAGGUCUGAUGGUCCAGUACACUCCACUGCCUUCAUACCAGGUUCCCGUGGCCAACGAGUCCCAGAGUGUGGUCCAGCAGCCCUUCCAGCAGCCAGUGCUCGUACCGGCCAGCCAGUCCGUGCAGGGGGGGCUUCAGACUGGGGGUGUACCCAUCUACUACAGCGUCAUCCCCACUGCCCAGCAGAACGGCACCAGCCCUUCGGUGGGGUUCCUUCAGCCGCCCGGCUCUGAACAGUACCAGAUGCCACAGUCCCCCUCGCCCUGCAGCCCCCCACAGAUGCAGCAGCAGUAUUCAGGGGUGUCUCCAUCAGGCCCUGGCGUGGUUGUGAUGCAGCUGAAUGUACCCAAUGGCCCCCAGCCCCCCCAGAACGCCCCUGUGGUGCAGUGGAGCCACUGUAAGUACUACAGUCUGGACCAGCGGGGGCAGAAGCCAGGAGACCUGUACAACCCAGACACCAGUGCUCAGGCCAGCACCCAGCUGAACAGCCCUAUCACGUCGCCCACCCAGUCCCCGACGCCGUCUCCUGUCACCAACCUCAACAGUGUCUGCACGGGGCUGAGCUCCCUCCCGGUCCUCACGCAGUUCCCCCGGCCCAUGGGUCCAGCACAAGGUGAUGGGCGUUACUCGUUGCUGGGCCAGCCGCUGCAGUAUAAUCUGUCUAUCUGUCCCCCACCACUGCUCCACAACCAGCCCAACUACAAUGCACACCAGGGACAGACUGGAAUGAAACACGGAAACCGGAGCAAGAGACACGCCCUCAAGUCAGCAUCCACUGACCUUGGGACAAGUGAUGUAGUGCUGGGCCGAGUGCUGGAGGUGACGGACCUGCCCGAGGGCAUCACACGGACAGAGGCUGACAAGCUCUUUACCCAGCUUGCGAUGGCGGGUGCCAAAAUCCAGUGGCUCAAAGAGACUCAGGGGCGUCGCGGAGAUGGGGUUGGCGGGGACAGCAACGGGACUCCAGAGAACAGCAGACACACUGACCUUGCUGCCUUAUACACCAUCGUGGCCGUGUUCCCCAGCCCGCUGGCUGCCCAGAAUGCCUCCCUCCGCCUCAACAACUCCCUCAGCCGCUUCAAGCUGCGUGUGGCCAAAAAGAACUACGACUUGCGAGUGCUGGAACGUGCCAGCUCACAGUAGGGCUCAUGCAUGGGCACAGAGCACACUGGACUGCGGGCACUUCCCUCUGCCUUUCCUUUCUGCCCUCCCUUCUUCUCGCCCUCCUUCCUGGAUAUAUUUAUAUGGACUUAAUUAAGAGACGAGAAAUUGAUUUUUUUUUUGGAGUGACGCCCAUGCCCACCCACCUUACCCUGUGUAUAUUGUUUUGUUAAGCACUGUGUUGAACUGCACAUACAGGUGUUGAUUGGUAUGUUCACUGCACAUUUUAUUUAAUCUGGUUAUUAUUUUGGGGGGUAUUUUUGUUUUUGUUUGGGGGGAGGUUGUUUUUAAAUAUAAAAAGAAAACUUGUCCAUCACUUUAA